CCAACUCCUAGUGUCAUCCUCUCUCGAUGAGAUAAGGAUUCAGAUUCUUACACAAUAUGGUAUACUAUAAUUCUGCAACAGUUAUGAAAUUGUUUAUUCAUUUCCUUCUGCAGGUAGACAUAUGCCAGAUGGGUUUGGAUCAGAGAAAGGUGAAUAUGCUUGCUAGAGGGUAUUGUGAGGCCGAUUAUUCUAUCACACCUCUCAGGUGAAUGAGAUGAUAGGACAGGCUUUCUGCCCUCACAAAGUUACUGAAGGAAAUCCAUGCUUGGAGUACAUUGAGUACAUACUUUCGCCCAAGUCUGGAAGGUUUGCUGUGCUUUGCAAGGAAAGUGAUGGCAGUAACACUAACAGGACCUACAGCAAAAUAGAUGAACUCCGUGAAGAUUACCGCAGUGGCACUCUUCAUCCCGAUGAUAUGAAGCUUGCUCUCGCGAAAGCAAUAAACGAUAUAUUGCAGUGUUGUGACAUCAAGCUGCUGGAUCUCGCCGGCCCUUCCCUUGGUGUGCACUAAGGAGAUGGGUGAGCGGUAUCUCCGAACCCUUGCCGUCAUGAAGCCUGCACGAGGGAUGGCAAUAAGGUUUCUGGGCAGCGCAACUGCGCGACCGCUCGAAGCUAAUCGACUACGUUCUGCACUGCUACAAUCUGCACUACAUCGUCUCUUCACGAGGAUGGAGCGC